AUGAUUCCGGUUGUCCUGCGUAAUAACGGACGAACCAAGGCGAUCUUUGCCUUCAUCGACGAAGGUUCAUCACUCACAUUAUUGGAACAAUCAAUUGCCGAACAUAUAGGAGUGGUCGGAACGCCGGAACCACUAACAUUGCAGUGGACGGGAAAUGUAAAACGGGAAGAACGAAAAUCUCAUCGAGUAUUACUGGAAAUAUCCGGAAAAAGUAACACUAAUCGUCGAGAAACACUGCACGCGCGAACGGUUACCCAUCUACGUUUACCUUCACAAACAGUUAGAUAUCGUGAGCUCUCCCAACGAUUUCCUCACCUGCGUGGACUGCCAUUAGAAGACUACGAGCUUAUACAACCGAAACUGCUUAUUGGGCUCGACAAUCUUGCCUUAGGAGUUCCUUUGAAAAUACGUCAAGGAAAUCGAAAUGAUCCAAUUGCGGCUAAAUGCCGACUGGGAUGGAGUAUCUACGGCGGUUCUCCUAGCCAUCCUGGACAAGCAUCAAUCCUCAACUUCCAUGUUGGUGCUGUUUCCGACCCUGAUAGGGAGCUAAAUGAGCAGCUUCGGGAUUAUUUUACUCUAGAAAAUACUACUGGAACUAUUUCAUUAGAAAAACUAGAAUCAGAGGAUGACAAGCGAGCCAGAAAGAUCUUGAAGGAAACUACUAAGCGUAUUGCGAUCGGAUUUGAAACUGGGCUAUUGUGGAGAACUGAUGAUCCUGUGGUUCCAAACAGCUAUUCAAUGGCGUAUCGUCGGUUAGUCUCACUUGAGAGGAAGUUGGAGAAAGAUCCCCCUUUGAAGCAACGGAUCCACGCCAUGAUAGCAGACUAUGAAGGGAAAGGCUACGCUCAUAAGGCUACAAGCGAAGAACUAUCUUUAACGAACCAAAACCGAUUGUGGUACCUUCCAUUGGGUGUCGUUUCUAACCCAAAGAAACCACACAAAAUCAGAUUAAUCUGGGACGCUGCUGCCAAAACCGAAGGAGUCUGUUUUAACUCUCUUCUGUUGAAAGGUCCUGACCUAUUGACUCCACUUCCACAAGUCCUAAGUCAGUUUCGUCAAUUUCCCGUUGCGGUGUGUGGAGACAUCCGGGAGAUGUUCCACCAAAUAAAAAUCCGUGAGCCAGAUCGGCAAUCUCAACGUUUCCUAUGGCGUAGCACUCCAAUUGAACCACCAACUGUAUAUGUCAUGGACGUAGCCACUUUCAGGUCCACCUGUUCUCCUGCGUCGGCACAAUAUGUGAAGAACCUCAACGCAUCGGAAGCUGCUCAACAAUUUCCCCGGGCUGCUGCCACCAUUACAUUGAAUCACUAUGUGGACGAUUAUCUGGCUAGUUUCUUGUCAAUUAAGGAGGCGAUAUCAGUGGUCAACGAAGUCAAGCAGGUACAUGCUAUGGGUGGGUUCGAAAUACGGAAUUUUCUAUCGAACAAAUCAGAAGUCUUGUGUGGCAUAGGCGAAUUGGAAAAUGGUGUCGAAAAAGAACUUGAUUUGGUAAGAGGCGAAUCCUCUCAAUCUGUCCUUGGAAUGAUUUGGUUUCCCAAGACCGAUGAAUUUGCAUACACAUUCUCUAUGCGAAAAGAUAUUUUACCGAUUCUCGCCAAGGAUCACGUUCCUACCAAACGAGAAGUUCUCAAAGUGGUAAUGAGUUUGUUUGACCCCUUGGGACUUCUGGCCUUUUUUCUAAUACAUGGGAAAAUACUCAUUCAAAAUACGUGGCUCGAGGGAUCAGGUUGGGACGAUCCUAUCUCGAACAAACUGCAAAAACGAUGGCAGUGGUGGACUGAUCUUUUUCCGCAACUGGAGUUAUUGAGAAUUCCUCGGUGUUAUUUCCCGGCUCCGUUUCCAAUUAAUUCGCACGAGCUGGAAGUACAUAUCUUCGUAGAUGCCAGUGAGCUGGCAUAUUCUUGCGUAGCAUAUUUCCGCCUGUUAACGGAGAAUAACAUUAUCGUUGCGCUUAUAAGCGCAAAGACCAAGGUAGCCCCCAUAAAGUCUCUCUCGAUACCCCGCCUGGAAUUAAAAGCGGCUGUUCUGGGCACACGCCUGAUGGAGUCUAUUAAAAGUCAGCACACACUCCCCAUUUCACGAAAAGUGUUCUGGAGUGACUCCAGCACCGUUCUGGCCUGGAUUCGAUCUGACCAUCGUCGUUACAACAAAUUUGUAAGUUUCCGAAUCGGUGAAAUACUGAGUUCCAGUGAACCGAAUGAAUGGCAGUGGGUACCUUCCAAACUGAAUGCAGCAGACGCCGCAACGAAGUGGGAGAAUGGAUCCGAAAUCAAAUCUGACAGCCGAUGGUUCCUAGGACCCAGUUUUCUGCGGUUAUCUGAAGAACGGUGGCCAAAACAAAAGUCUGUGUCAAUCACCGAAGAAGAAUUACGACCGGUUCAUACUCACUGGGAAAGAGAGCCAAUCAUCGACAUCACUCGAUUCAGUCAGUGGGCAAGAUUACUUCGUACGAUGGGAUAUGUUUUACGCUUUAUCCACAAUCUUCUACAUAAAAAACUCAAGUUACCUCCUGAAUCAGGUGAACUGACCCGAGAUGAAAUUAGAGGAGCAGAAGAAGCGCUGUGGAAAAUAGCGCAGUCAGACGAGUUUUUUGAAGAAACGAAAUUGCUGAAGGAGACCCAAGGGCCACCCCAUGCUGUACAUUGCGUCGUCGCUGAAGUCUCCACCCAUGGCAUCACUUCCGGAUGCUCGAGUAAGCGCAUUUGUUAG